AUGAUGGUAACGUUAUCGAAAGGCCGCAGCGCCAGUGCAGACAGACCAUCGGCGGUGGAAGUAAUAAUGCAUCAUCGCGCGAAGACGACAACGGCGGCUGCGACGGCUAUAACGGCCACAAGCAACAACGGCGGGCGGCUUAACGAUUUCAAGGUAAAAGCGGAGAAGGAAGCGGUUAAGGAAGUGGAGAAGGAAGCGGUUAAGGAAGCGGAGAAGGAAGCGGUUAAGGAAGUGGAGAAGGAAGCGGUUAAGGAAGCGAAGAAGGAAGCGGAGAAGGAAGCGGAGAAGGAAGCGGAGAAGGAAGCGGAGAAGGAAGCGGAGAAGGAAGCGGAGAAGGCAGCGGAGAAGGAAGCGGAGAAGGAAGCGGAGAAGGAAGCGGAGAAGGAAGCGGAGAAGGAAGCGGAGAAGGAAGCGGAGAAGGAAGCGGAGAAGGAAGCGGAGAAGGAAGCGGAGAAGGAAGCGGAGAAGGAAGCGGAGAAGGAAGCGGAGAAGGAAGCGGAGAAGGAAGCGGAGAAGGAAGCGGAGAAGGAAGCGGAGAAGGAAGCGGAGAAGGAAGCGGAGAAGGAAGCGGAGAAGGAAGCGGAGAAGGAAGCGGAGAAGGAAGCGGAGAAGGAAGCGGAGAAGGAAGCGGAGAAGGAAGCGGAGAAGGAAGCGGAGAAGGAAGCGGAGAAGGAAGCGGAGAAGGAAGCGGAGAAGGAAGCGGAGAAGGAAGCGGAGAAGGAAGCGGAGAAGGAAGCGGAGAAGGAAGCGGAGAAGGAAGCGGAGAAGGAAGCGGAGAAGGAAGCGGAGAAGGAAGCGGAGAAGGAAGCGGAGAAGGAAGCGGAGAAGGAAGCGGAGAAGGAAGCGGAGUCAGUUUGGCAUGACCGGACGCGGAACAAAUUCGAACCCAGACCACGACGUAGCGUACGAUGA